CCACGACCCAGACAUCUGGGACUGUUGUUGUUCUCUCGCUGUGCGACCGCCUCAGUCGGUUCGUGCAGAAAAAGACCCGGAGCUGGUUUGGUGGGAGCGGGCAGCCGCAUCCCCCUCUCUUCUGCUUCCCCAAAGCUGCAGCAGGAGCUGGCUCAGACACCCCGCGGUUGGUCGGUCUCCGAUGCCCUUCAGUGAGGAGGGGGCGUCAGAACCCUGGUGAGCUCAUCUCAGGCCCCCCCAACCCAGUGUCUUCGCGGCCCCCCAGGCCCUCACACCCCAGUCUCGCUGCCAUGGCUGAAAAUGCAGAAGGGGACCUGAACUCCAACCUGCUCCACGCCCCCUACCACACCGGGGAUCCUCAGCUAGACACGGCCAUCGGGCAGUGGCUUCGUUGGGAUAAGAAUCCCAAAACAAAAGAGCAGAUUGAAAAUCUGUUACGGAAUGGGAUGAACAAGGAGCUCCGGGAUCGUCUUUGUUGCCGAAUGACUUUUGGGACUGCAGGACUUCGUUCUACUAUGGGGGCAGGAUUUUGCUAUAUUAAUGACCUUACAGUAAUACAGUCAACACAGGGAAUGUACAAAUACCUUGAAAGAUGUUUCUCAGACUUCAAGCAGAGAGGCUUUGUUGUUGGGUAUGACACCCGGGGUCAAGUAACUAGCAGCUGCAGCAGCCAGAGACUUGCUAAACUCACUGCUGCAGUCUUACUAGCCAAAGAUGUUCCUGUGUACCUUUUUUCAAGAUAUGUUCCUACACCUUUUGUACCAUAUGCAGUUCAGGAGCUCAAAGCAGUUGCAGGUGUGAUGAUUACUGCUUCUCACAACCGCAAAGAAGACAAUGGAUAUAAGGUUUAUUGGGAAACUGGUGCUCAGAUCACAUCUCCUCAUGAUAAAGAAAUUCUGAAAUGUAUAGAAGAAUGUGUGGAACCUUGGAAUGGUUCCUGGAAUGAUAAUUUAGUGGAUACCAGCCCACUGAAGAGAGAUCCUCUGCGGGACAUUUGCAGAAGAUACAUGGAAGAUCUUAAAAAGAUAUGUUUUCACAGGGAAUUAAACUCAAAGACCACCUUGAAAUUUGUACAUACAUCUUUCCAUGGGGUUGGACAUGACUAUGUGCAGUUGGCUUUUCAGGUGUUUGGUUUUAAGCCUCCAAUUCCAGUACCAGAACAAAAAGAUCCUGAUCCAGACUUUUCUACCGUUAAAUGCCCAAAUCCUGAAGAAGGAGAAUCUGUGCUGGAACUUUCUUUGAGACUGGCAGAGAAAGAAAAUGCCCGAAUUGUGCUAGCUACAGAUCCUGACGCAGACCGGCUGGCAGUGGCAGAACUUCAGGAGAAUGGUCAUUGGAAAGUUUUCACAGGGAACGAGUUGGCAGCUUUGUUUGGGUGGUGGAUGUUUGACUGCUGGAAGAAAAAUACAUCAAGAAAUGCUGAUGUGAAGAAUGUUUAUAUGUUAGCCACCACAGUGUCUUCCAAAAUUUUGAAGGCAAUUGCACUUAAAGAAGGAUUUCAUUUUGAAGAAACAUUACCAGGUUUUAAAUGGAUUGGAAGUAGGAUAAAAGACCUCCUGGAAAAUGGGAAAGAAGUUCUUUUUGCAUUUGAGGAGUCAAUUGGUUUUCUGUGUGGCACUUCGGUUUUGGAUAAAGAUGGGGUGAGUGCAGCCGUAGUCGUUGCCGAGAUGGCAGCUUACCUGGAAACCAUGAAUAUAACAUUGAAACAGCAGCUGAUUAAGGUCUAUGAAAAAUAUGGUUAUCAUAUUUCAAAAACUUCAUAUUUCUUGUGUUAUGAUCCAAGUACCAUCAAAAGUAUAUUUGAAAGGCUUCGCAAUUUUGAUUCUCCAAAAGAAUAUCCAAAAUUCUGUGGGACAUUUGCUAUAUUGCACAUACGGGAUGUUACCACUGGCUAUGACAGCAGCCAGCCUAAUAAGAAAUCAGUACUGCCUGUGAGUAAAAACAGCCAAAUGAUUACAUUUACUUUUCAAAAUGGCUGUGUCGCUACUCUUCGGACAAGUGGGACAGAACCAAAGAUAAAGUAUUAUGCGGAGAUGUGUGCAUCCCCUGAGCAGAGUGACAUUGCCUUCCUAGAAGAGGAAUUGAGGAAACUCAUUGAAGCUUUGAUUGAGAAUUUUCUCGAGCCUAGUAAAAAUGGACUGAUCUGGCGUUCUGUUUAGUGCACACCAGUACGCCAUGACUUGGCACCGGCACAUGGAACAGAACAACCAGGAAUUCCAUGCAUUGAAGUCGUGUUAGCAUUCUCUAUCUCAUCUGGUCAAGUAUCUUUGCACUUCGAUUUUCUUUCUUUUAGUGGGCUGACGAAACAAACUGUAUAAGUUCGAAAGGAAAUGAUCUGGAGAGAAAGGAUUCGAAUUUUUUCAUAAUCUUGAACAAAUGUCAUUGCAUUAAAAGUAUUCUAGUAACACAUUGUUCUUCCUUUAACAGAAAAAAAAAACAAUACAAAAGUGAGUUUUCUUAUUAAAGUGUGAUUAAGCUUAGUUCCGUAUUGUACUUGUGUAUAGCACGGUUUUUUAAAAAGGUAGAUAAAUGUUAUAUAGUUGUUGAAUUAGUAAGGAAAUUAAUCUAUAAAAUUGACAAGAAAAUGGCAUUGCUCCCAGCAUAGUGUGGGAAAGUAUCAUUAUUACGUCAUAGGUAUUAACUUACAAAGUAGAGUAUUUGAAAUUGGGUAUUUCUAGCUUAGAACAGAUGUUACCAUAUGUGUUUCAGGUGCUCUUGGUGCAGUGUAAAUUUAUUGUAUGUAUUUAAAAUUCUGACGUUUACUGAACAUGAAACAAUAGUGGCAAUGCUCCUAGUGGCUUCGUUCUUGUCAGAUUUCUUAGUGCCUUCUCAGGGUAUGGUAUGAAUUAAAACAGUGUUCCUGCAUUGACUAUAAUUUAGUCAGUUAAUUUUCAGACAGUUAUUUCAGAGCAAACUAUGUAGGUGCUUCCCCUCUAUAUCAAAUCAAUUUGCCCUUCUAAAAAUGUUAUGAAUGUAAAUAAAAAUCUUAAUAAAAUCAGAUUCAAAGUAACUGUGCUUAAGGAUCUUCUUGUAAGAAUUAAGUGUCAAUAAUCACAGCCUUCAGGUAGAGAAAAAAAUCCAAACUGAGAAAGGAGCUCUGAAUUUAUUUACAAAUCUAACUUUGGAAUUAAAUUUUUGUAAGUAGAUUUAUUCCUUUACCAGAUGAAGUAAUGCUAAUUUUACUAAGAAAUAUAAUAUCCGGAUUUUAGAUGUUACCAAACACUAAAACUACAUGUUUUAAAACUAAAGUCCAGUUUAUUCUAACAUCUUGCUGGCUACUAUAGAAUUUCUGAUCUCAAGAGUAUAACUUAUCUUUUUCAAUGUGGAAAAAAAUUUUGCAUAUUUUUUUUCAAGUAGGCUCCAU